AUGAUGUCUAAUUCGAUACGAUCCGAUUCCUAUUCUGAAUCUGUCAAACGAGGCAUUCACCCACUCACAACAUCACCGAUCGUACAACAACGGCGAUCAGCAACAACUGGAAAUGUGAGUCGAACAUCAACACAUUUUCCAUCGAUGUCUAAUCUAUCUUCGAACUCAAGAUCUGCUACAGUAUCAGCAAUUGCGACUUCGGCAUCUAGUCAUCAGCGUCUUCCAAGUCCACGACAUUCGAUGGAUACACAUGUAAAAAAAACCAUGGCAAUUCCAAAAGCAAAGCCACCACGUGAAGUAGCACUUCGUGUUAAAUUUAUCCGUCUUGGCGAAGUCAACACACUGCACGAGAAAUUCUACGCGGAAGUUGUAAUCGAAGCUCGUUGGUUAUAUGAUCCUGAAGCAACAUCGUGGAAUCCGAAUCUUUAUGUUAAAAAUGCACUUGGAGAUAUAAAACAAGAAGUGGCCAGUGAAUUUGUUAAUCAUCUAGAUGAAUCUGUUUCAGCGAAUAAUAAAGGAAAUGAUAUUGUCUAUGUUUGGGAGAUUCGAAAAGUCGUUGGAACAUUCUGGGAGAAACUAGAAUUGAACAGUUUUCCAGCUGAUGUGCAACAGUUAUCGUUACAAAUUGUCACACGAUGUCCCAUUGAAGAAUGUGUUCUCGUUGAAAAUCGAUUUCAACCAUCGAUGGUCAAUCGAGAAGCUUUUCUGGCACAGCAAGAGUGGUUUCUGUACGAACAUAUUGAGACACGUUCGACCAUAACAACAGAAGAUUUUAGUUUUCGACCAAUUCGUCAAUCAACAUUUUUAGUAACAUGUUGCGUUGCUCGUCGACCGGGAUAUUUCUAUUGGAAUGUCUAUCUACUCAUUUUCUUAAUCACACUCAUUGCUUUGACUGUAUAUGGUGUUGCUCCCGAACAUCCUCAAAGUCGACUCCAGAUCACUUGUACACUGUUACUCACGUCGAUCAUGUUCCGUUGGUCAGUAUCUCGCCUGCUUCCUCCAGUGUCUUACUUAACCCUGUUAGACAAAUACACAUUAGUAUCCUUAGUUUUCAUUUCUCUCAAUUCGAUAUGGCAUUCAAUAAUUGGCUUUCUUAUUCGACAUACCAGCAUAUCAAAAAUGAUCGAUUACUACGUUCUUAGUUUAUUUACACUUUUCUUUUUUAUCUACCAUUUUCUAAUGGCAUUUUUCUUGUUUCAAGCCCUACGCAGCCGACAAGUUAUGUUAGAAAGUGAUCGUCAAUAUGCAUCAAAACUAGCCGGUAUGUUCGAAACAUUUGUACAAGGACAUCAUGCUGUACAGCGCUUUCAAGAAAGACUCAAUUCCAGUCGUGCAUCUUUAUUUGUUUAG